GUUGCUUGGCUUUAUCUUUUGGCGCGACGUUCCGUAUGUCCCAUGUUCGGUAGUCACUUCAGGGCCAUGAAUCAAUUCACGUCGAAUGCAGUGUGAAUCGAUUAUUUCGGUUCCGGGUUCCAAUUUCAAUGAUGAGACAAAAUCCAAACAAUCUGGUAAUCAUGUUGAUUAUCCUGAUGCUGCUGGUGAUCUACGUAGUGUAUGUGAUAGUGCAAGAUAGCAACCCGAACGAACUGCUGAUUCAAAGUCUACAGGCGGAACUACGAGUGAUCAAUGAAACAUUUUCUCACACCAACGCUCCAACCGCUAUUUCCGGUUUUACAGACGGGAGCAUCUACCAUCUUGCAGAUAUCCAAUCCAAUGAAGAUGAUCUCAAACAUGGCAAAAACAUUUUCUUCAUUCUGACGACGCUUACAAACGACGGAACAAUCCAGCUAACUCCACGGCAAGCCUGUGCUAUCGAAUCAGCUGCCCGUGCCAAUCCGGACUGGAAAGUAUUCCCGUUGUUCGUUUUUGCCAAAUGGUUCAACAUCUCCAGCGACCCAUUCAUACCUUCGCUGCUACAGUUCUGCAACAUUCGGAUGCGACACGUUAACCUGGACACAUUCGCCGUUGGCAGUCCUGUGGAGAAGCUUUUCGCAGAUGGAGCUCUAGGCAAAUCUAGCUUCAUCGUUGAGCAUACGGCGGACGUAUUGCGGCUGCUCACGUUGUACAAAUACGGAGGAACAUAUCUGGACACGGAUGUGGUGGUUCGAAGGACUCUCAACAUGUUGCAGCCCAACUAUCUUGGCUCAGAAGGAAGCGGCUACGUGGCCAAUGGAGUGAUCAAUCUGGAAGCCUCCGGUUACGGACAUGAGUUUGCCGAAUCUUGUCUCAACGAUUUAGCUCUCAAUUUCGAUGGAACCCAGUGGGCUGCAAACGGGCCGUUCAUGGUAACUCGCAAUUUGCGAAAGUUCUGCAACGUAACAGACGUCUCCCAAAUGAACCGACAACAGUGCGGAGGUCAAUUGACGGUCUAUCCACCGGACGUGUUCUACCGGAUACGUUAUCCGCGGCACGAUUGGUUCUUCUACCCGGAACGAUCGGAAGUUGUGAUGAACUCCAUCAAAAACGACGUACUGGUACACAUGUGGAACAAGGCCACGAGUGGCAUCCAGCUGAAGAUUACCAGUACCGCUGCCUACAUACAGUUGGCGCAGCAGUUUUGCCCGAAUGUGGUUAUGAACGUUAAGGAAAAUUUCUAAUCCGUGUUGGAUGUUUGUUGCGAUAGCGCAUCUAUUUUUGAUACUCCGUACACAGCGAAAAAUGAAUUGUAAUAUCGCGUCGAUUUCGCUGCAUAUGAUUUGCGUCGUGGUUGUUGUUCCUAACUGCACUCGAUUCAUUGUACUUAAAUUGAUUAAAAACUUAAAUCGUUCUAUCACGUCGUUGCAAACAUGCUAUUACAGCAAUUUGAAUGUAAUCUUACGCAAUAACCCCGACGCGAGUAAUGUGCAGCAAAACGACGUUAUAUUACAGUUUUUUUUCCUGUGUAAUCAAUACAAACAAAAGCAAUCAAUCAGUACAGCAGCAAUUCGUUUUUUUUUACUGAUAGGCAGUAAGUUGCGAUAAAGUUAUGGAUAGGGGUCAUGUAAGCGAGUUAGAUCGCCAGAGUAGCUUCAACACAUUGUGAACGUGCUUAUGUUUAGCACGCACAAUUAUGGGAGAUAUUCAAAUUCCAUUCGCUGUCGAUGAAAGCACAACUGUUCCAUAUUUAGAUGUUCAAAGAGAUAUAUUUUUUUAACGAAAAACCGUUGUGUUUUACUAUAUUCAAGUGACAAAAAAUUAGAGGCAUCUCUGUAGUGAUUUCGGAAGAAAUUUCUGUUCGAAUCUCUGAUGUUAUUGUUUAAAUCUUUAGGUCCAGAUUUAAUAGUUGCGCUAGAACAGGCAUUGCAGAAUUCGUUCUCAUUUGAUUUAGAAGCACGAUCAAAGCAAGCGAAGGAAAACAUCCCAUCUGUAGCGGUCCAUGAUCGGCAAUGUAUCGCAUGUUGUGGCAAGUUUGAUAAAUAAAAGCAGUGAACGAGAGUCCCAAAGAGAGAGAGCUGAAAAA